AUGGAGGAGCUCUGGGAAGGAGCUUUGCGGCGGGUGUCGUGCUCUCCGUGYGCAAGGCAGGCCGGCAUCGUGUGCGCCCCACACAACGCCGCGGAGGGCGGCGCGGCGGCGCGGCGCCUCAGCAUCGACGUGCUGCAGCUGCGGGGCCAGCGCUGCCUGAGCCUCACGGACAACGGGGCCGGCAUGACCCCGCACAGGCUGCACCGCAUGCUGAGCUCCGGGUGCGAGGAGAGCGCGGCGGCGAGCGCGGCGCCGUGCCGCRCGCCCUGCGCCGGCGGCCUCGAGCGCGGCGCCAUGCGCCUGGGCAAGGACGCSAUGGUCUUCACCAAGAACGGCGGCGCGCUCACCGUGGGGCUGCUCUCGCAGAGCUACCUGGAGGGCGGCCGCGCCGCGGCGCUGCCCCUGCCCCUCGUGCCGUUCAACCAGCAGACCCAGAAGAUAAUUGUCACCGAAGACUCUGUGUCCAGCCUGGAGGCCAUCCUGGAGCACUCGCUGUUCAGCACCCGGGAGGAGCUGCUGGCGCAGUUCAGUGCCAUCCCGGGCAAGAAGGGCACGCGCAUCCUCAUCUGGAACAUCCGCAGAAAUGAAGAUGGGAAGCCGGAGCUGGAUUUUGAUACGGAUGAACACGACAUCCGGUUGGCAGACUUCCUCAUAGGGAACGUGGAGACUCGUGGCAAAAAAAUCCUGCCCUGUCAGGAGAUGAUGCCAGAGUUUUCCAUCCUGGAGACGGAGUACUCGCUGCGGGCAUAUUGCAGUAUCUUGUACCUGAAGCCCCGCAUGCAGAUCGUCCUGCGGCAGAAGAAGGUGGCCGCCCAGCUGAUGUCCAAGAGCUUGGCCCACAUGGAGCACGACGUUUACAAACCCAUUUUUGCCAACAAGAGAGUGCGGAUCACCUUUGGAUUCAGCUGCAGGAACGGAGGCCGCUAUGGGGUCCUGAUGUACCACAGGAACCGCCUCAUCAAGCCCUACGAGCGGGUGGGCUGCCAGAAGAAGGGAGAAGGCGUGGGUGUCGUCGGGGUGAUCGAAUGCAACUUCUUAAAAACGACGCAGAACAAAGAGGACUUUGAAGACAGCAAGGAGUACCGACGGACAAUGGCAGUGCUGGGGCAGAAGCUCAACACCUACUGGAAGACAAAGAUGGCCCAGAUGAAUUUGGGGAGCGUCGAUACAGCCAGCAUAGUAGCAGAGAGACCAGAUCAGACAUGGGUGCAGUGUGAGGAGUGCCUGAAGUGGAGGAAACUCCCUGACAAGGUUGAUCCCGCGUCUCUACCAGAAAAGUGGUUUUGCUGUCUCCAUCCCCACCCCAAGUACAGAAACUGCUCAGCACCCGAGGAUCAGGACACCAGUGACGAGGAGAAGAGCCUCAGCCCCAUCCAGAAGCACAGGAAGGGCGAGCUGAGYGCAGAGAGGAAGAGGAAGAGGCUGUUUUCCCUGUCAUCAGGGGAGAGUGUGGAGCAGCAGGUGACACAGGAGAACUCUCUUUCGGACACAGCUGCCCAGGAUGGGUUCUCCCAGGAUGGGCAGCCCUGGACACUGCAGCGUGUGAUCAGGUUGGCCAUCCAGCAGGGACAGUCCCCUCCAGCACUCGCCGUGGUGGCAUUGUCGCCCGUGUCAGCGCUCUGCCCUGCUUGCACCAACACCUUCAGCUGUGCUGUGAAGCUGGAGCGGCGGGACAGGGCCGCGGAUGGGGCUGCUGCCUCUUCCCCUCCUCUCGAGAAGGCCACCGCAAGGCUGGCAGGAGCAGCGGGACAGGAGCCGAGCCCCCCGCCAGCAGCUCGCAAGGCCAGCUUGCCUGUAAAAGAAGAGCUCCUCGAAGAGCGUGAAGCGCAGGUGGAAGCUUCGGCCUCGGAUGUGCCUUGCCCCAGCCACGCUCCGUUCCCCCUGCGGAAGAGUCCUGGGCAGCGCUACCAGGACAAGGGAGACCUGGUGUACAUAAAGCGGGAGGCAAGCGGGGCCGGCGGCCUGUGCACCUACCUGCUCGCGGGGCUGCCGCGCGCCCUGGGCAGCCCCUGCCCUGCGAGCAGCAGCUGGCGCUGGCACGGGGGCUGCCGCAGGGAGGAGGCGCCGGGCCCGGCCCCGGGGCACAGGGAGCCCGCGGCGCUCCGGGAUGAGCAGCGGGGCCCUGUGCCAGACCUCGGAGCGGGAAGGCAGCUUGCAGACACAGGCGCCUGCGGGAGCAGCUACGAGAGCGCCCAGGACAUGGACAGCGGGCCCUUCGUGGCGCUCGUCGGUGUUUCGAAGGCUCCUGUGGGCGCUGAGGCUCCCAUUCAGCUCUUCCCCUUUGRGUGGAAGGAGACACUGGACAGGCCAAGCGUGGGGAAGACCCCGUGCCUCAGGACUGGAAACAGAGGAGGAGAACUGCAGGUUCUGAGCCCAGGGAAGCAGGAGGAUGUGAUGGAGCAGGAGAACACGAGAAGGGCAAUGGAGAACAUCUCUGUGAAGCUGACCAACGUUUCUGCAGAGAGGGAUUUGCUCCGGUGCAAGGUGGACGAAAUGGAGCGUGAAAAGUGUUACCUGAAAACAGAGUUCUUGAAAAGCCAGCAGGAACUGGCAGUGCUCAGAGCUCAGGAGACUGAAGGCUUGUACUGGAGCAAGAGACAUACAGGUUAUGGCCAAGCCGAGGUGCAGGAGCUGAAAGCAAAGCUGGCAAGAUGCGCAGAGGAGAAGGCUGAGCUGGUGGAAAGGCUCAAGGAGACAGAGCUGCACUUAGAGCUGCUCAGGGAGGCACAAGUUUCCUGCAGGGGCCUGGAGAAAGGAGAUGUGAAGAGCGUUCUGGAGAAGCUCAAGAACCUGCGUAUGAAUGUGAGCUGGCUGCUCUCCUUGGUUCUCCCCCGCUUGGAGCUCCGGGAGAUGAACUUCGAGUCGGAUCAGGUGGACGAGAUCUUGCAGACCGUGCUGGAGACAAACCGCAUGCUGGAGUAGCCUGUUCUCUC